AAGCUGCUCUCGCAAGCCCUGCAGCUUGUGUUCGCGUCCGAAGUGCUGGUCCUCGCUGAAUACGCGGAGUUCGUGUGCACCGUCCUCUAUGGGAUCUAUACGCUGGUGCUGUAUCACAUGCCGUACGCCAAGUACAACCUGAACUUCAUCGGACUGUCCGAGGAGAGCUUCUGGCAGGCGGCGACGAACUGCGCCGUGUACGCCGCCUUUGAA